AUGGCCAAAUUUUUUUGGGCGGACGCUAGAUCACGGGUAGAUUACUACCACUUUAGAGAUAUUGUCUGUUUUGAUCCUACUUACUGCACUAAUAGGUACGGUAUGCCAUUUGUUCCCAUAGUAGGGGUGAAUCAACAUUAUCAAACUACUUUGUUUGGUGGUACUCUGCUUCAUUCCGAAUCCGAAGAAUCAUUUGAUUGGGUGAUGAGAACGUGGAUGAAAUCAAUGCAUGGCAGGAAACCAAAGGUGAUUCUUACAUAUCAAGAAUCGGCUAUAGGGGGCGCUAUUCGAAAUAUCUUUCCAGGUACGCGUCAUCGUUUUUGCUUGUGGCAUAUAAGUAGGCUCGCGAGUAAACAUUUGUCUCAUGCAAUUAACAAGUACCCAGCAUUUACUGCUGAUUUUAAUAAGUGUUUAUAUGGUAACGAAACAGUAGAAGAGUUUGAGUCUGGUUGGCGAUUGAUGCUUAAUACAUAUAAGUUAACAGAUAACAAGUGGCUAUCAAACUUGUACAAGAAAAAGGGAAAAUUGGCAUCAGUGUAUACUCGUGAUGUAUUUUGUGCGGAUAUGUACACAACCCAGCGCAGUGAAAGUAUUAAUGCAUAUUUUGACCAUUUUAUGAAACGGGACAUGCCUCUUUGUGAGUUUAUUAUACAAUAUGAAAUGGUUAUCACUGCUAGACGUCAAGCUGAAAUCGAUGAGGAUUACGAAACUAAGCACAGAAAACCGUUGUUGAGGCUCUUUGUGAAUAUUGAACAAGAGGCAUCCUUAAUUUACACAAAGGAAGUAUUCUUCAAGUUCCAAGAACAAUUAGCUCAAGGGUUGCACUACUGUCAAAACGAAAUUUCUAAAAGUGGAACAAAGUCGACUUAUCAGGUAUGGCGAUUUGGGCAUGAGAAAAAGACUCGAACAAUUAUAUAUGAAUCUAAUGACAAAACUAUACAGUGUAGUUGUUUUCUAUAUGAGUUCUCGGGCUACUUGUGUCGGCAUAUAUUUAAGAUUUUCUCGAUUGUGGACAUUCAAAGUAUCCCGCCUCAAUACAUAUUAAAAAGAUGGACAGUAAAUGCAAAGUCGGGAUCCGUGAUUUCUGAUCAAGGAGAAGAAUUUGUAGAUAAUCCGCGUGAUACUGCUACAUCCCAUUACAGUAAGCUUUGCCAAGAAGCCAUUAACAUCGCAAUUAAAGGUUCAGCAUCCACUGAAAUGUACAAUGUCACCAAGGAAAUUCUUGAUAGAGCAUCGAAAGAGGUCGACGAAGCUUUAAAAAAUCUCCCAGAUAAAUCCAUAGAUGAAGCACAAAAUGAUUCAAGCCUGAAAGUUGGAUGUGUCGAGAAUACACCGAUGCCCAGGAAAAUCCCAUACUUGAUCCAACCAUUGUUAGCACUAAAGGGCGAACCGGUAAGAUGA